CCUAUUUAUUUCUACCUCCCAGUGGUAGUUAUGCGUGAUGUGCUGUACGUACUGCCACCGAUGACAGUUCCCUGACAGAAUUACUGCAAUGAUAAACACGAAAGCAUGAAUGGCACAGCAAAAUUUCGAUGUCCUUUAUAUUCAAGUGUCUAAUAAAGUAUGCACAACAUUAUGAGUAAUUCUUAGUUGAACAGUCCAAAAAUCUAACAUCAUCAUGGAGGAGAGCGAAGUGUACAAUGUCACAGUUUCAUCCUUUUUUGGGAUUGAAUCAGCAUUUUGGAAUUAUUCUGAUCAUGUCAUCCUCGAUGAUCUUAAGAUGGACAGCAACUUUAUAUGGUUGCUAUGUUCUCUUGUAUCAGCCAUAUCCUGGAUUGUUUAUAUCGCUUAUUAUAAUAGCAGAGUAGCUGGUUAUGUAAUAACGAAAUUGUUAAAUCGAUUUGUUGUUAGAGAUGGAUACCUUCAAGUUGGAUCUCUCACCCUAAGUGCUUUAAGUGGCAAAAUAAUGUUUAGAGAUAUAGUUUAUAUUACAACAGAUUAUAGCUUCAGAAUUCAAGACGGUUGGCUUAUAUUUAGGUGGUGGAGGAGUUAUGUCCCUAAAGAUGUAUCGGAAGAUCUUUCGCACUCUGAUACAAGACUGUCAGUUAUGUUAAAUGGCUUCGAAUUGCACGUUUACAAUCGCUGUCAACUUUAUGCACAAUUGGAGAGAACCUUUGGCCUUACACCGCAAAUGUUCUCCGACGAGGAGAGCCAUGGCAAAAACAUUGACGAUCCGGACGGUGAAUCGAUAAAUAAUGCUACCAAUGAAAUUCGUCAUUCGCAGAUCAACGCGAUGGACGUGUCUCGUCAUGUGGAUAACAUCAGAAAGAAAGAGGCUCACGUAAUCGCACGUACCUGGCGAGAUUUGAUUCCAGUCAUCAAACUCGACAUCUGCACGGGGAGAUUGGUAUUCGGUAAUCGAUUAGUACCAACAACAUUGUCGAUAACUGUGGAAGAAGCGCAUUUCGUAUAUUCCACGAAACCAGCAGCGUCGAGGCACGAUCAUUUUAUGCACUUUACGAAAUGCAAGGCGGAAAAUUUUAAAGUAAUCUUAGCUCCAAGUCCGAAGUACACUGGGAUGGUCGACGAUCCACCCAGAUACAUGGGAGAAGGUUUCGUCGUGUUAAGCUCGAACAACAUGGAGGUCUAUUACUACAUGGACGAACCCGGUGUUGUACCGGAACAUCCUGAAAUGAUACGUUUGGUGAAUGGAGACAUGGUUGAGGCAAUGCCGCCUAUAUGGGGCAUCGACAUCAAGUGCGGGAAGGGCACGGACUUCAGUUACGGUCCUUGGGCCGACAGACAACGAGAGCAUCUGUUCAAAUUCUUCUUUCCCAACGAUUAUCAGCCGCUGAAAAUUACGAAAGCGCCCAAACCAGGAGACAAGAGACAAGUGCAGUCGUUCGAUAUCAGAUUGUCGACGUUGAACGAAGCCACGAUCGAUAUACUUUUUAGUAAAAACAGAGAAACGAAUGCCGUUCACGUUAACGUAGGGCCCGGAUCUUAUUUAGAAAUUACAAUGCCGUGGAUAGUGUUGCAGGAUGGAUACACCACGAAAAUAACAGGACAGCUCCUGCAUCUAGAAGCUACGACUAGUUUGCAGUAUCGGAGUCUAGUCGAAAGCGAAACUUUAGAGUUCGGCGUGAAGUGUCAUUAUCCGAUUAGGUGGAACGAUCAUCAAGAGUGGACGUUGAAUUUAACUGGCUGUAAAGCAACCGCUAAUCUAGUCUAUUCGCACAAGGACUUCUUCCAAGACAUGAUCAAUGACUGGGCGAGUAAGGCAAGACCCGAUAUUUUGCACUUUGUUCCAUACACCUGGAAGUUCAGUUUACUGCUGAAGGAAUUCGAACUCAUCACGAUCUGCAACGAAUACAACUGGAUCGAUUGUUCAUCACAGAACCAGGAAAAUGCGCACAUCGCUUUCUGCGGAGAGUUUUUCGAUCUGUCGUUCGAUCUUCCAUUCGUGGACUUUCUGCCUGUCACGAUACCGUUGCGGUUUUGGAUACAAGGGGAAAGCGUCGAUCUCUCUUUCUAUCUACCAGACGUUAACACCAAUCGCAUCAUUUUAUUAGCGUUGGACAAGAACGCGAAAAUUAUGACUCGCGACGGAUCGCUCAAGCAUUUGCACGAGUUGAAUAAGGGCAAGAAAUGGAGGAACUUUUGCCAGAAGGAAUCGGGCUGGGUCGACUGUUGGUCCGUGCCAAUCGUCGCUUUGAGCAUCAAUUAUACUUAUCACCUGUGUCCACCUCUAGGUCCCACUCCACAAGCGAACAUAACAACUCCGGAGAAGGAGGAGAUUCUCCUAUCACCCAUGCGAAUCCCUAAGUGCAGAAAGUCACCUGGCUUGCGAUGGGCGAGAAAUGGCGCACAGAAGUUUGAUCCACAGUCCAUAGCGCCUGAUAAAGUCAGCGUUGAACUCGAAAUCGGACCGUCCAUACUGAUUCUAUACGGAUCCUUACUGAAGAACUUUAUGCACCUGAAAGAAAAUUUAUUUGGGGACUAUCAAACGUUUACCGAUAUGCAACAGAGCAGGAGCAAUUCAACACCAGUGAACGCCGAGAGGAAUAAAGACAAAGAUAUACAGAACAGCAGUAUCGAGGCGUCCAUGGAGGACGAGGAAACGAAAGCGAAGCCCUUUGAUCCGAGGGAUUACAGGCCGUUGGAAGUAACCGUCGGUGUGACCAUGCAUGACAUUCAAGCUCAUUUGAUCAAGAAUUGCAACGAGAACGACCCUCCAUGUCCGGUUAUACUUUUGGAACGCUUCGGAUUCGAGAUGAGGAAAGGAUACAAAGAGACGCAGCUUCAAUUGCUGCUUUCGCCUGCGAUCGCUUUAGUCACCGACAACGUGGCGAGACCGAACAAAGAGCAUCAUUUGAAUCAAGGACACUUGAUGCUGAGUGCGCUGCAAGUCAGGGGUCACGCCAUGUUCAGCAACGAAGGAAGGAGCUUGGAUCAGGAGACAUUGGAGUACGCGUGGUUGAUCGAGGUGCAAUUGGGCAAGUUGAACGGCAAGAUCACUUCGCCUCAGUUACAUCAUUUCGUUACGUCGUUGGAGACCUUCUUGCUGAUGGCGAAAAGCACCGAAAACAAUUUACGUCCACCGAAUUUACCAUUUCAGUGCCACCACGGCCUCCCUCCAUUGCAAUGUCCAGAGAGCGACGUUGAUAAGCAUUACAGAUGCCCGAGUUCCGAAGAUAUAAAAUACAGGAUGACAAGACUGUCUAUAGAUGCUGUUGAUUUGUAUCUGCAAGAAGUAGGUACCGCUAUACAAUUUUGGAUAUCUCCGAUUCGCGUUGCUACCUGCAAUCUUCACGGACACCAAGUAAAGUCGGGUGUCACUGCCGUUCUGCCGACGAUAUUGAUUCGACAAUUCGUGUCCGCGGCAGAUUAUUUCGCAAAUACGAGUAAUACCAAUACAACUGGUAGCGGGAGAUCGCACAAUAAUGCAAGCAGUCGAAUGUCAGGUGACGGAUCAGACAUAUGGCUUGAAGUGGGGUCUGUAUCUCUGGGCCCGGUAAUUUUAGAAGCCGCGAUUUCCCUUCCAACCCCAGAACACAAUAUGCACCUAGUACAAAAUAAAUAUUUAAAAAUGCACGAUGAGACAACGAAACGUUUAUGGUUUUUGUGGCCGCAAGAGAGCGGUGUAAAAGCAUCAAAAUGUGGUUGCAUCGGAGGUUGUGUAUUCUUCGGCAACAAUCGAAACGGACCAAAAUUUUUUAAGCCGAGCUAUCAUGAUCUUCAAGAUGGCAUUAACAUCGCUGCUUACAGAAUUCACGAACCUGGCAAAGAAAAAGGUUUUGGACAGUCUAUUUUGCACGAUGGUCAAUUGAUAUUCCACACACCGCCAUAUAGUUUGCAAGAUAUAUCUUUGCAAGACGUAUGUUACCCUAUAACAGGAUUAACAGUGAAUCAAGAUGUUUCGCAAACUUUAAAGAAAAGCGUUGAACGGCCGAAAUCUGUGACCGAUCAAAAUAAGGAAGAAAGUAGCAGUACAAAAUUGAAUGUUGCUUCUGCAAGUCCAUUGAUAUCUAACGAAGAUAGGAAACCGUUGGAUAGAAGAUUUUCUUAUACAUCGAUGCGUGGGCCGAAUGCGAAAGAUGUACCAUAUUCCCGAUUGAUCGACGCUAGUCCCGUAACGCAGUUACCUCAGAAAUUGGAUUCUGAUUCGAAACUGAACGCGGAGCGCAGUAAAUCCAUUUUGAGCGUGCCGGAGAUUGAAACCGCACCCAAGAGCAGCGUGUCGGAUUCCAAAUUGGCCGUGGACUAUUUCACCGCGACGGAGAAUGCGGAAACGCUUGAAUCAAGUAGCCCGCAGUCUCUACCCACAGUACCGACUGAAUUUAACAUCUCGACGCGAUCGACUGCAAAAGAUAACGAAAGAGUGAACGUAUCGGAUUCUCAUCAUUCGUUAUACGCGAGAACGAGUUCGGAAGAACGAUUGAAGCAGGAGGUACAACGAACGGUGUCCAUGUCGUCUGAGAAUCAGUCGGAAGCGUUUUACUCUGCCGACGAAGAUAUGAGCCACGGAUUGAGCGGAAGUCGGACCUCCAGCCUACGUCAAUCCAUCAUCGGUUCCGGUUGCGUUUUAAAUCGCAAUGACAGCAUAAAAAAGAAAUUCUCCUCGGAUUUGUCUAUCGUCGAGAGCUCGGCUAACGCGAACCUGUCGGUGGCGGAUAAAGCACAUACGUUGGAGAGAGCGAAGACACAGAUAUUGAGCACAAAGAGGAGCCCUAGAAUCAAUCGAAACGCCAGUUUUCAAAAUGAGGCUGAUCAGACGGAGAAUGGCGGUUUGCAAGAUUCCUCGGACAGCCAUUCGGUGUCGUCGACGAGUUUCAUUUCCGCUGUGUCGUCGCAGGAAGACGUCACGCUUGUGAACUUGCAUAUGCAGGUUAACAAGCCGAUCGUGGACUCGCCGCUACUGAUGUCGAGUUACGUCAGCCAUUUGACGCAGGUCCGCUGUUCAAAUUGGAACCAAUCCUCGUUGCCUUCGGGUGGUGACGCGUUUACCACUUCCAUGUUCCAACGCGCUGAAGACGGCAGAUUAAUUUACACCGGUGGGCGAUACGUACCGAAACUUGACACGGUCACCGAGGGUUUCACAUCGUUGAAAAUGGUAACACGCUCUGACGGUUCGCCGGUCGCAAGUUCGUCCAACAAAACACCCACGCAUCCUUACUUGUGGGACGACAUAUCUCUAAACCAAACGGAAGGUGAAGAUGAUCAUGCAAUGCACGGCGAGGAGGAAUUAUUAGCAAUAUUGCACGAAACUGGAUCACGUACGACGGUCAUUGCUAAAUUUAAGGGAGACGUCGACAUCAUGCUGAGCCCCAUGGUUCUCGAAUCGCUUCAGCGUUUCAUCGAUAGUAUCAUACCAACACUGGCUAGCUUGCAUCCAUUAACGAUUCUGAAUCAUCUGCACAACGAAUGUAUAAGCAAAGUGGAAGACGCGAAUAUUUUAAAGCAAGAUCAAAGUCUGUCAUAUUGGAGCCAAGUUCAAACCAGUUCGAAACGAUCGACAGCAGAAAGGAAUAUCAAGAACGGUCAAGGUAAGAUUGCGCUACAGACGAAUGUCUACGAAGAAAGCAUCACUACACAGAUACAAGGCAGUAUUAUUUUACCGAAGCUGAAUCUGACACUGUUGCAAGCAUCCGUCGUGGAAGAAAUCAUAUCGUUCUCUGCGUUAGAAAACAUCCGUGACUUAACGUGCGUAUCGUUGUUCGCGAUAUGUCUGGAUGACGUUACUGCCAGAUUCUACCUGGGGAAACAAGCUCGAGAGGUCGUUCAAACCUUCCAUAAACCAGCUGCAUUGCCAAACCAGAAGAAGGUAAACAAGAUCAGCAAAGCAUUCCUGCCCGGGCAUCAGACUACCGCGGUAGUAGCCGACGUGGGAGGAGAAACGGUGUACAUAGAAACAUCGGAGAAGCAACAAGAAGAGAUUAUAGUCACUUUGAAUAUCGGCAAAGCGCAUUCCCAGUUAAGAAGACUAAGAAAUGAAUCGUCAAUACUGAAGGAUGCAGUGAUAACUGCUAUACCUGCGCAUUACUCGAAAGUGCUGUUCACCUGCACAAGAAUGACGUCGCCGUUAAAAUGCGUGGAUUAUUAUUUGCAUCAUCUAAUCGACGAGAAAGAAAAACUAAACAAACAGACUGGACCACCGCAAGCUACUGAGGAGUUCACUAUGGGAUGCGGGGAAGAUAGAUUAGGAUUUAUCAUGUUUGAAUGUGGCUUGGAGGGCAUUAAAUUGAAAGUAGUGAAGAGAUCUCAGUUCGAGAAAGGGGAGAACGGUGAUGGCGACAAGAAGAAUGAAACCGAAAUAUUUUGUACAGAUAGCGUUAAAAGUCAGGACGAACUAGAUAAUAAUGCCGCUGCAUUCGCAACAACGACCACUGCCGAGACAGAAGCAAAACCGACAAACGCGUCUGCUGGCACGCAAAUGAAUAUGAGUGCCACCUGCACCAGUCUCACGUCCAAAGUAGCGAACGGCAACACCGUGUCGUGCGUUAUCGAACUGAAAACUGUAUGGUUUAAUUUCGCCGCGCCACCACGUACCCCGAUAACGAGGAAGAUCGAUUAUACAAGACUAGAUUGGAACUUGCUCAGCACAGCAUCUCCGGCGAUCAACGCGUGGAUGAAUCCUAGUAAUAAAUUCGCGAUUCGGAUCGUUCACAUGUUCAGAACGAUGUACCGAAGAUCCACUGCGAUCGUUGCCUGCCUCAUGGCAGAGGCGUUAGACGUGCAAGGAAUUCACAUGCUUCCGAAGAGCCGUUACGGGAGAUUGACGCCACUAGCGAAAACGUUGCAGGAGGAUCCCUCUUGUCAAUUAUGUACCAUAUUACAGAAUUACGUUUUAUUAUCCGAAAUUUUAAAUAUCGAAGCCAACUUGAAAGAAUCUGAUUUACCACUUCUCUCCACACUCCGGCAGGGUGUUAUUGUAUUGAGCAGGCAGUGGAAGAACGUACUUUACACGCCAUUAUUAUUGGAGCAUAAUUACAAAACGAAACAUGUUAAACCAUUGAACGUUACAUUUGCUGUGUCAGAUCCUGAUGAGGAAAAUCUCUUGACGGACGGGGAGGGUAGUGCAGGAGAUGUCGAUGAUCAGGAAGUGACAGAUGAAUGUGCUAUGCUCAUCCACACGGACCACAUGCACAAACAUACACAUAUCAAAGCUGGACAAGAUAAAACACCAGGUAUAUGUGAUGACGGUUUGACGGUUCCUGUAAGUUCUCCUCGUGGGAAAGAUACAACCCCCAUAGCAACACCGGUUCCAGGUCCGGACUCAUUUACCUCUCCCUCUCCACCCGUAGCUCUUCCAAAGAGAGGAAAAACAUUGCAACCAAUGCAAGUGCCUGCUAGUACACGUGCAAGUAUCGUUUUCCCCUUACUCACCAGUGGCGGGCUGUUCAAUCAAACACGAGAACCGAAUAACAUAAGCUACGGAACACUGAGGGAGGAAAAGACUCCGCAGAUCCACGUUUCGCAUUCACAUCAGCUCGGUUCCAAUCCUAGCAUUUAUUCUGGAGGCAUAGGUCAUGGUAGUCAACACAGCACUGGAAGCGUAGACCAAGUAACGUCUCCUACGAGUCAUUCCACUAAACCCAUGAAUACAGGGGAAGAUCUGUAUAGUUGGAUGGCGAAACAGCAAGAAUUUAUAAAAGACAACGACAAAGGAAAUUUAAAGGGAAAUUGGGUCUUUCGUACAGAGCAAAAGUCUACAAAGGACUCUAAGAUUAACACUAUGACUACCGAUGACACGGAAGAUUCUGAUAUACAAAGUGGUGCUUUUCUGUAUCCGAUGAAAGACUCUCUGAGAUUGUUGGAUGCACAUUUGAUCUUUGAGCCGCUCUUGUCGUCUUUGUCAGUUAUGCCACAACAGAUGUUAUCAGUUAUUGGAUCGGGGAAUGUAAAUAAUAUGUCCUCCUUAGAUUCGUUAGGCUCAAAUUUAUCUCUUGUAGGCAGUAUGGACACUAUGCGUAUCGAUAUAGUCGUGAGCGAAUUUGGUAAAGUGACGGAGAAAAAGAAAAGUAAAUACGCGCCGAGAAAGGGAGGUACCACGAAAUUUUAUCUCGAUAUACCACCGGAGACUCCAGCGUUUCUCUGCGAGAGAAUUGGCAUCGAUAUCGAUGUUAAAAAGAUGGCUGAUAUGACAGUGGAUGAUAUGAUACAGAAACAAAAUGUUUUGUACAUAUCGAGAGGUCAAUUGAAGAAACACACUAGCACAGUUGUUAACAUUAGCUUGAAUAUCCGAUACAUAAGCCAGCAAGUAAACAUGCCACUUCUCAGAUUGUUACAUCAGAUAAGCAAUAUGUAUCAGAACGUUAAAGAGACGCAGAUGGAGCUGAAGGAACAACAACCUGAAGGGAAAAGGCCCACAAACAUAAUCGUUAGUGAUACCGCUGCCAAAAAUGGUUCGUCAUCGACAUCCAAUUUGCAAGAACAGUGUUUGACCGGCGGCAAGAAAGUCGAAACAUCAUUGUUGCGCAAUAGUUCUGAACCGAAUCAGUCAAAAGCGUUGCCGGGUGUGACCGUACGAUCUCGGCCGCAAAGUUUCGCGCAGAAAUUACGAAGUACCGGCAAAAGCGUAAAAGGCUACAUCAACUUAAGCGAAGGCGUUAUUACACCAAGUUUCGGAGCGAGUCCCAGUGGAUCCGGAUUGGACAAGUUCACAGUGCUGUCUGACAUGUGCAAAGAUAACGCACAUUUGACGCCACGAUGCUGGAAAACCAUAUACUACCUCCUGGAUUUGUAUGCAACUCGUCCGGAAACCAAAACCAUCACCCACCGGUUCUCGAUACCUGCGGACGCGGCGGAACAUUACAAAAGCGGAAGAAAGUACGAGAUUUUGAACGAGACCAAGGAUGUCGACAUCGAGAAAGGUUUGAACGCGGAGAAUAGUUCGACACCCAUCCCUCCGUCGAGAGAAUUAAACAUCGUGACUGGUGAAAGAACGAGAUUGAUCAUUUUUGGUGUCGCGCGGAUUCACCGAACCAGACUGUUGGCUACUUUAAGUGGCUUGAAGCUCGAAGCGGAGAUCACUAGUCUACAUGCUAGUUUGACAUGCCGCAAGAAAUCGCGACCCGCCAGUCUGGAGUGCAGCAUGACCGGACAAAUCGGGAGAACCAUGAUCGUUUUACUGGAAGGCGUUGCUCCUAGCCAGCAGACAGUCGUAAAAGUCACCGUCGGAAAGUCGCAGGCUCUAUAUUCCAGUAUUACGAGGCGUCAGAAGGACAAGAACAGUGGUCUAUUGACCGUCGGUGCUGUGAACAUCGAUAUACCGCAGCAUCCCGUAGCCCUGCACGGAAUGAUGACCAGAGGCAGCAAGCAAUUAUCGUCAACUUUACAGGAACUGAGAGUCACUAGAACAUCUUCAAGAAUGUCACGAGGACAACAGCAGGAUGAAGUGGAUGCCGCUCCGGGUAGUCCGCAUCAUUAUGCUCCAGUUCCCUCCAUAGACGUGCAAAAGCCGCAGGCCGUGUCUGCUCUUCUGGAACCCAUCGUUAUGCAAUUCCACAUAAUACUUCAAAGUCUGAGCAUAACUGCGGCAUUGCUACCGUCUCUCCAAGCGCAGUACAAGAUGGACCAAGUCAACAGUUCCGGCAUAACCGGUAGCAAAGCAAAGUUUACUAUUGACCUGCCGCAUCACAAUCUGAGCUUCACGACGAAGCUGCAAGUGACGGAAGCGAAUCUGCCAUCCGAAGCUAGUAUCGAGUUGCCUAAAGUGCACGUGUCGGCCGAAUAUAUUCAAGAUGGUAGCAGCAAUUUGAACGACAGUAAACUGGCAGACGGUGUUGUGUUGAGACAAGGUAGCUACUUGAGCGCAACCGCGGAUAUCGGGGUGUUUGAGCAUUCCCUAACAACGGAUCUCUUAAAUCAUUUGGUAUUUGUACAAAAAGUAUUUAUGAAAGAAGUGAAUGAAGUGGUGCAGAAGGUAUAUGGGGGUGAGAAACCAGUACCUUUGUGGCUUGAGGACGAUGAGCCGACUAGUUCUACUUUGAAAAGAAUUUUAUUCUCGCUGAUUAUACGUAUUAAGAGGAUUCAGUUGACCGCUACGACCCCAACAAACUCGGCAGUACGACUGGAGACUGGCGCAGUAGAAUUUCAACUGUCUAACAGAGUGCAAAACGUUUCCGGAGCUACUCAGCCCAAUCCUUACAUGAAAUUGUUCGGCAAAGCGCAAGUCGACAUUAAUCUAAGUCUGGGACAGCUAUUGAAAAAUAUCUUAUUCGAAGAGGCAGAACCCGAAUUUCAACAGUUCGCCUUUUUCAAUACUAGAAUAGGAUUGCGAAAUGCGUUUCAAGAGGAGAUGGCUCAAGGUGAAGACAAGGAAGUAGUUUUAAUCACCCUUAAACGUCCACUCAUAUACAUACAACCGAUGGCCGUCGAUAAAGCUAUACUCGUCUGGUUAAAUUACAAAAAUGCAUAUGAAUACUGGAACGAGAAGCGAUCUAACUUGAACAAGGAAGUUUUGACUGCCACGCAGCAAGUGUUCGAGAAAGUUCCGUUUGGGCAACUGACGAGUCAACUUAGUGCACCUCAUCUUGGAACAUUAUUCUUGCAAUUAACAGUCGACGAUAUGGGUAUUUGCUUGCCGCUUAAUCCUUUACCUCCGAAUAAUUGGAGAUUAAAUAGAGGCCUCUAUGGAGAUGGAGAAUCGCGAGGCGCUGUUGUGGUAACGCUUGAGAAUACAAGUAUAUCCGCUUGCAGCAGCGGUAGCUUAGUGAGUAAAGGAAGGUUCGUAGGAUUAUGCUUGAGAUUUGCAGAAGACUUUGAGACUUCUCUGGACGAUUGGAAACCAGAUAUGACCGAUAGCAAUAUAAUGAAUUUAUGCGUGGUGUCAGAGGGCACUUAUGAAGUAUGCAGUAGGACCAUCGCGCAGAAGCAAGACAAGUCUGAUAAUGCUAAAUGGAUCUUGAAUGUACAAUGGCAAAUGGAAGGAGUUGAUAUUCAUCUUGAUGUCAGUGUGGGACAGCAACUAUCAGCUCUUGGACACACAUUAACGAUGCUGACUGGCUCCGAGGAGGAAGACGAUAUUCACGUUCCUCCAGAUUAUGACAGCGAUGAUGGAGAUCAACCAGAAAACAGCACUAGCCAGGUUAAGAAAAAAGAAAGCAUCUUAAUGAAGAAAUCGAAGAAUUGGACCGACAGUCUCCCAGCAUUUAUCUUUGAUCCUACGCUCGAUGCAAAGAAGAGGUCGCAACUGAUAGAAAAGGAAAUGAACGAGCAAGCUAAAAUCAUAAAUGAUUUACGAUCAUUGGGCGCUUCGCACGGGACAAUCGAACAAGAAAUGAAACGGCUGCACGAGUUAGAAGCGAUGGUAUUCAAAGAUUUUAGAAGGGAUAUGAUACAGAAAUUAAGGAGACAAUCCGUUAAAGCUUCCGGUAUCAAAGGUAAAUUAGGUCUAGGCAGCAAAACGAAUGCGUAUCGCUCGAGAUCGUUCAUCGUACCAUCGCCCACGCCUGAACAUCAGUUAGAAAGCCCGGAGGACAUGAAUACGGAAAUUAAUUCAGCAAACUCGGCUAGUUACGAAAGCAGUCCUAGAAGCGGUCCCAGUAGAUCAGCUUCUCUGCGAGUGAGAGGACUUGGCGGACCGCGAGUUACUUUCAGCGACACCCAUACGAUGUGCAGGCAAUCGUCCCUACCGAGCGCCAGUUCAGACUUGAGUUUACCAGAGGGAGAGUUGGAGUGGCCAGAAACUAUCGAGAUAGAAGGAGAACGAGUAGAAUUGAGAAAAAAGAAUAGGGAUGUUAGUUGUACGUCCAGUUACGACAGUAUGGAAGGAAACGCACCGUUACUUGAUUCGUUCAGCAAGGAGCAAGCUUCCUCGACGUCAUCUCCGUACAUUACAUCUCAGAAAACUCAGGAACCUAAUAUAGAUUUCGAGCUUGAUGUCAAAGUUUUGAUCAACAGCGGAAAAUGUGUGUUACAUACAAAGGAUCCAGGAAAGGAAGAUGAAAUUAAACUUUUGAGUCGAAUGAAGAAAGAACGAUCAUGCUCCGGCGGCACAUUCGAAUUUCAACCUGGCAGUCCUAGCAGUAGCAGAAAACACUUAAAUAGUAAAGAAAAACCGUCGACAACUAGCACGUCUCGAUUGAGAUAUCUGCAGCAUACAAAUGUGCCUUUAGUAGAUUUAACGAUUUUUCAUAUUCCUGGCUUAGAUGUGAAGGUUCAUUACGAAUCUAAGACUCUUCCGGAGGAAUCAUUAUCUCCUCGUGUAUCCGCCGAGAACAGCUUACUGAAUCCAAUUACGAUGACGAUGCUCAGAAAAUCCAGCACCAAGAAGGCCAGUCUAUUCGCUUGGAUGACUCUUCAAAGCAUUCCAGAGGAAACUAUCAUUAGUCCUCACAUCCUCGAGUUUUUAGAGCAAACUUUAGAACCAAUCCCGAGCAAGAACAAUUUCCAGAGCAACGCGCAAACGAGUGCUGGCUUUUUGGAAAAUACGGAGAACACAUCGUGGGCUGCCACCGCUGCGAGUAGCAACUAUGUGUAUGCUAGUUUUCCGGUCGAUGUCAUAGUGUACUUUCACAUGCAGCCGUCCACUUUUAGAUUUUCAUGUUUACCAGUCUCGCGAGUAGAAUGUAUGCUACAAUUGCCAUCUCUUGACAUUAUCUUUUCAUCGAAACGUGCCGAGGAAGAAUUAAUAGAGUUUCGAGAAUUUAAAUCGCCAACAGCGGGCAAGGAAACCGGUUCAGCCAUUGGUGGAUUAUCCGUUACAGGCUGUUUAGCUGAUUUUUCUGUUUAUAUCUUUCAUCCGUACGGUGGCGGGAAAAAGACCGGGCUGAAAGAAGCGCAAUGGUCACCGUUAUCCGACAGUGAGAGGAAAGAUUCAUUGAGCAUCAACGUCGAAUUCGUAAAAUUUCAUUUGUCGAGAAGCAGGAAAUUGAACUUUCAAAGCGAGCAACUUAAGAAGCUCUCAGAUACCAGCCGUGCUGUCAUACGAUUUUCAACUAUUAUUGAUAUUGGAUCUGCUUCAUUUAAAUACGAUAUGCGCCGAUUGACAGAAAUCUUGGCUUUUCCAAAAGCUUGGUAUCGACGCAGCAUAGUGAGACGUCUGUUUCUGGGAGAUUUAAGUUCAGCUACCGCGUACCCUGAGGAGGACGGAAGUCGUCCGUUAAAUCAAGAAGAAGCUGUCAUGGGUAGCUCAUUGUUAAAGCAUUACGAUAGACACACGUGCGAUUCAUUGUCGAAAAACGCGCCCGAGAGGAGUCCUGUAUUGAAUAGAGAAAAGUUGAAAUUAAGCUUGGAAAAUGAGAUGCCAAGGCCCGCACGAUUGAAGGACAUUGGAAGAGGGUGGAGUUUCACCACGGACAAGCAAGUAUCAACCGAGGUCAAAUUGAGAGAAUCUGCAUGGGAAACGUUGGUGUUGUUUGCCGUGAACUUUACGCGCUUAAACGUGCACAUGAACAUGGGCAAUGUAAUGGGCAACGUUAGCUGGAUGACAAAGGAUUUCAGAUCAGACGGUAGAUUGUCGAUCGGUAGCACAGGAUACAAAAAUUUGUACAUAGGCAUUGGUCUGGGAGGAUCGAGUCUAGAUGCGAAAGGCGGUAUAGUCGGUGGAACGAUUGAAUUAAGUAGAAUUGACACUUACAUACAUAUCCGAGAAGAGCCUGGAAUAGAACCCGAUCAUACUGUAGGAUUGAAAUUAUUCGCAUUGGAAUUGCGUUUGGAUUACAUGGGAACUAGCGUGUUAAUGUCUCGAGUGUCUUCGUUGGAUGUCACUCUUAGAGACGAGUGGAAGAUUAAUCGCAGCAGCAGUGGAGAUGCUUUCAUGCCAACAAGAAGGCCUGCGAUCAUUUUCAUGCAUGGUGAUCUGGGUUGGGAUCAACUACAGAUUAUGAUUAGUAAGUCAACGACAGCCGACCUGCUGAAAAUGUUUUAUAAACUGGAUGAGUUCUUCAGCCAACAGUUUAAGAGCAGCAAACGCGUCUUUAGCUCGUUGCAACCGAAACAUCAGAGGAUAAACAACAGCAGUUUUAGAAAGAGACAACAAAAGAAAAAAUACGCUGCUGAUGUUAAUGCAGGAGGUCCAUGGAGUUUAAAUCAGACUGCAAUAUCAGACGCCAGACAUCACAGACAUUGGCAAAGAGUGUUGGCGCAAGUGGCUGGUCUUCAAUUAGGAAGCUUAAGAUUCUCUUUACCGUCGACCGGCACUGUUCUUGGUGGUACAAUGGAGCUUCAUGGCUGCAACAUCAGCCUAGCAUGUUUCCAUGGAAUCAAUUUCAAAAGCAAAAGUUGGGCGUUGUUCUCGCUAAAGGAGCCUUGCAUAAGUUUCGCUACAGAGGCCCAAGAAAUCCCAAGUGUUGAAACACCCAACACGUGUGACGUUCAUGUCGUACAAACAUUAACCAUCAGUUUGGGUCACCAGCAGGAGCAACAUGCGAGACACCACUCCAUGGCAACCGUUUGCAGAUUAAGCCGCAGCGUUCUGUUCCCACCUCAAUUUAAAUCUUUACAGGAAUGGUUCCAUUACGCGUUUGCUAGUAGCGAAAUUGAUGCGGUGGAUAGAUUUCCAUGUGUCGAGAGAGACAGGAUGGAUAGCAUGAUGACUGACGGUAACAGCGCAUCGCGUGGACGAAGCACAUCUGCAACAUCCGGCAAGCUGCAGGAACACUCGCACACGCGUGAAGUGAUAUUCGCCCUGCCCUCAUUGCAGCUACAUCUGAAAACUGAACACUUACAAACCGCUCGCACACCGGAUGUCAUAGGACUUCCUAAGCAUAUUUUGUAUAGCGAGAAACCAUUAGUCGAGUGCAGUUUCAUAACAGAAUUUGAGGAUCACAUAUUCGUUACCGUUGAUGCCGAAGCCUUUUUCUUCCUGCAUGAUCUCAUCACGUCAUACGUAAAAGAGAAAGAGAGAGUGCACACGAUGCAGAAUAUGAGUGCCAGAGCACACAGUCCCGAUCCUCAGGAGAAGAAGAGUGCAAGCGCGGGAGCGGGGGCUAACGUCUCUAGUGUGUCCUCCGUCACUUCCGAAGAUGAGAAGAAACGCAAGCAGUUUGAUCCGGCUGAGAUGUUCAUAAAAGAUUGGCGAUCAUAUAGAUGUAAAACGUGGCAUUUAGAACCGACAGUACGGCUGCUAUCGUGGGCCGGUAAAAGUAUAGAACCCUACGGCAUUGAUUACAUCCUUCAAAAGCUUGGGUUUUCCCAUGCACGCACGACGAUACCAAAAUGGAUACAACGAGGAUUUAUGGACCCCUUAGAUAAAUUACUCGCCGUUCUUAUGUUAAGGAUGGUGUUGGCAGUUCGCGAGGAGACAUCGGACGAGCAGAAGGAACAUAAGAGAGAAAAGUAAUACCAGGUGGACUUUUCUUUGUUUUAACGAAAGCAUCGAAUGUACAGGAUAUGAUCUCACGGUAUAUAUAUCGGAAUAUUAUGUAUUAGCGGUGCAACCGAUAAAAAAAAGACCAUAAUAACAUUAUAGUAUUAUAUUACUUAGGACGUGAUAAAAACCCACGCGCAAAGCAACACGUCAACUGUGUAUAAAAUUUUCUUUUCUAUUGUUCGCUUAAGGGAAUUAGCUCCAAACUAACUGACACUAAAUAAUAUAAUUGAAGGGAAGAACUAUAGUGGUUAACAAUACGAUCAUUCUUGAUAAAGAACUACGAAACGUAUUUUUAAGCACUUAUGUUCAGAGGUAUAUGUGUUACACGACGUAUUCCAAUAGAGAUUUGUAAGAAAUGUAAUUAAAUAUAUCCUAACAAUGUGUAUCCAACUAACUGUAUAUUACUGAUACACGUAGCGUGUAAAGCUUGUUUUAGUCGUUUACGUUUUUUUUUAUUGCAAUUUUUAUUUAUCGUAUACGUUUUUUUUAUUGCAAUUAUAUAACAAAGAAUAUCAUAUCAUUUUAAUAUAUUUUAAUUAUACUUUUGUAUUAUAGUAUGAUCACAAUUAUGUAUAUAAUUAUAAUUGAUUAAUUAAGUUUGGCCAAACUAUAAUAUUAUCUGUUUCUUUUGUCUUCGCGAAUUGCAGGGUGUCAUGAUAUAAUUAUUAUCUAUAAUAGCGCAUACAUUCUAAAGACAAUUUUCUAUGUACAAAUUAUACAUGCAUAUGUUUCUACGUGGAAAUGUGUGAAAAAUAUGUUAUGUAUCUUUAUCGCGCUAGUUAUAGGAUAAAAUGCGGAAUUAAUGUUUACUAUAUCAUUCCAUCACGUGUUGUUCAUUACAAGUAUGAAUUUAUAAACUAUUUUAAAUUUCGUAAUAUAAAUUAUACAUAUAAUUGUAUGGAUUAUACUCUUUAAAGAUUUAGAUUAUAAAAGUGCCGUCUGUGAUUCUUCCGUAUAUAGUAUUGUGUAUAAACCGUUUGCUAUGACUUAUUUGUUUAUAAAACUUUCUUGAAAGUAACUGCUUCAUAUAUUUUAAGUGUAUACAAAUAGGUCUCUGUAAUGUGCUUCUAUCAUUAUUAUAGAUCAUAGAAGAAAGAAAUCUAGAACAAUUUCUUGUUCAUUUGAAUAAUGUAAAAAAUUUUAUAUCGAUAAAUGUGUAAAUACAUAUGAAAUAGAGUUGAAGUGAUUAACAUUUAUCUCUAAUAUCUCUAAUAUUUAUCUCUACCAGUAUAAAUAUUCUGGAUUGUAUGUGAUGUAUCCUUUAUAAACAUUUCAAUGAAAAACGACUAGAUAUAUUCCAUGCCUUUCUUUUGUAAAACAAAUUUUAUCAAAUGUACCCGAAAAUUUACAAUUGCUCAAUUAUGAAUUUUUUCUUGCUUUAAUAGCAAUAUGUACUGAUUACAUACCAAUUGAAAUAAAUGUGCAUUUUUAAAUAUC